AUGCCUGGAAUGGAUCUUGUCGCCAAUGGCACAGCUUUGGACGUGCAGCGCUCUCCACCGAUGACGAUCGUCGCGCCUGCAAGACUACCAGUCCGCGGUACGACUGAUAUGCUGUCUAAGGAUCCAAUGGAAGUGCCUAAGCUGGACCAUGAGGCGAUUAAGGAGAAAGCAAGAAAGCGGAAGAAGAACAAGAAGAAGAUGUCCGCCGCAGCACCAGCUGUUAAUGUAGUGAAAGGCUUCCAGACGCCAGUCAUGUCAGGUGGCGAGGAGAGUGACAUGUCUUUGGCUGGCACACCAAGACUUGGAGCUACAGGCAGCCCUCUAAUACGCGCGGCAACCCCUGGUGUGAGUGGGAUCAGCGCGCUCAAGUCGCGGUUGGAUGCCUUGUCUCUAGACAACGAUGGUUCUCGACCAAGCCUGGAGAGGGUCAUGUCCAGCACCUCAACUGUGUGCGAAACCACAACAUCAGCCUCGUCCCGAGCGAGUGACGGCGAUCGCACGGAGAUGGAGGCCUACGAUGUGCCGCUCGACCAGGACUUCACUAGCCCCGACGCUGGCAGCCGCACCCCAAUCCUGGCUUCACAUAUUAUUGAAGGAGGUCUACGCGCUAGCUCCGUAUGUCGCAAGAUGUGUGCUGAGGAUUUCGAGCCACUGCGUUGUCUUGGCAAGGGCGCGUUCGGCACGGUCCACCUCGUCAAACAGCAAGCCAGCGGUCGCCUGUACGCGCAGAAGCAGUUCAAGAAGGCAACCUUGACCGUCCACAAGCGCAUGAUCGAGCAGACGCGCACAGAGCGCACCAUUUUAGAGUCAGUGAACAGGCAUCCUUUUGUGGUGAAGCUCUACUACGCUUUCCAGGAUCACGAGAAGCUGUAUCUCAUCCUGGAGUACGCGCAAGGCGGUGAGCUGUUCACUCACUUGGCGAUGGAGCGCAUGUUCACGGAAGAAGUCGCAGCCUUCUACAUGGCUGAGAUGAUCCUGGCUCUCGAGCACUUGCACCACAAUGUCCGUGUCAUCUACCGCGACCUCAAGCCAGAGAACUGCCUGCUCGACGCCGAAGGUCACCUCCUACUCACCGACUUCGGCUUAUCGAAAGUAGCGCUCGAGGACGAACGCGCAGACAGCAUCCUAGGCACCAUCGAGUACAUGGCCCCUGAAGUGAUCAUUGGAAAAGGCUACGAUUUCACAGUCGACUGGUGGAGUCUCGGAGCUAUCGGCUUCGAUCUUCUUACUGGUAGUCCGCCGUUUGGCGGCAACAAUCAUGCCAGGAUCCAGCAGAACAUCUUGAAGCAGAAAUUGCAGAUUCCAUACUUCCUGGGCCCGGACGCGAAAGAUAUACUCACCCGUCUUCUGCGCAAGGAGCCUCAUAAGCGACUAGGAGGCACGAGCAAAGCCGAUCUGAAGACUUUGAAAUCGCACCGUUUCUUCCGUAAGAUCGACUGGAAGAAACUUGAAAAACGCGAGCUCGAGCCGCCGAUUCAGCCUGUGAUCACGGAUCCCGAACUGGCGGAGAACUUCAGCAACGAGUUUACGGAGCUGCCGCUCAGUCCUGUGCUGACUCGUGGUGGCAAGUCUUUCGAGGAUUAUAUGGAAGAUGUGCAGAAGCCGGAGGGGAACCCUUUUGGUGGGUUCAGUUUUGUGGCUAGCAGUAGUCUACUUGAAAGCGACGAGAUUAUGCUUGGAGCUUGA